AUGCAGUACGUGGGUAAAGUGGGGGAUUAUGUAUACAAUCAAUGGAAUUCAUUAAAUCCAGCAACAUUAUCUGGAGCAAUUGAUGUUAUAGUUAUUGAACAUCCUGAUGGAUCACUACAUACUUCACCAUGGCAUAUUAGAUUUGGUUUAUUUCAAAUAAUAAAACCUUCACAAAAAAAAAUAGAUUUAUAUGUUAAUGAUGUUAAAACUAAUUUACCAAUGAAAUUAGGUGAAGGGGGUGAAGCUCAUUUUGUUUUUGAAGUUAAUGAUAUAAAUCAUGAAUUAUCAAAUAGUGUAUUAACUUCACCAGUAAUAUCACCUGUAUCUUCACCAAGUAGUUAUGCAGCUUCUGGUAGUGAUCAAGAACCAGAUGAAUUUGAUUUAAAUGAAAAAAGUAAAUUAAGUAAUAUACCAAGUCCAAAAAGUCCUUCUCCUUCACAAAAAGCAAAAUUAGCAAUGGAAAAUGUUAGGAAAAUUACUAAAAAAUUAAAUAUACCAACAAAAAUUGAUAUGAAUGGAGAUAUGUUAGUUGAUAUGGAUGGUUAUAAACCAAAUUCUCAAAAAAAUAUUGAUAAUUCAGAAGAUUUAUUUAAAAAAAUAUUUUUACAAGAAAUUGAAGGUGAUUAUCCUCAUGGUGAAAAUUCAGUAAAAGCUUGGGAUCAAAUUAUAACAAAAGAUGAAAAUGGAAAUAUAAGAAUUUCAAAUAUAUCUGAUGUAGAAGGUAUUGAUACUGAAGAUGAUUUAGUAAGUGCAUCAACUAUAGCAACAUCAACUACAACUGCAUCAGGAACAAUAUCAAGAACAUCUUCGAUUCAAGAUGAUAAAAUUUAUUUUAAAACAUUAAGAUUAAGUUCAGAACAAUUACAAAAUAUGAAUUUAAAUUAUGGAUUAAAUACUUUAAAAUUUAAAUCAAGUGAAGGUACAUCACAAGUUACUGCUAGUUUAUACCUUUGGAAAUCAACUGCUCCAAUAGUAAUAUCGGAUAUAGAUGGUACAAUUACUAAAUCAGAUGCAUUGGGUCAUGUACUAAAUUUAAUAGGUAGAGAUUGGACUCAUCCUGGUGUUGCAAAUUUAUUUCAAGAAAUAAAUCAAAAUGGUUAUCAUAUAGUAUAUUUAACUGCAAGAUCUGUUGGACAAGCAGAUUCAACCAGACAAUAUUUAGAAGGAGUAAAUCAAGAUGGAUUAACAUUACCAAAAGGUCCAGUAAUAUUAAGUCCUGAUAGAACAUUUGCUGCACUAAGACGAGAAGUUGUAUUGAAAAAACCAGAAGUUUUCAAAAUGGCAUGUCUUUCAGAUUUAAGAAAUUUAUUUUUUGAUAAAAUUGAUUUAGAAAAUGAAAAAGAAGAAGAAGAAAAUGAACAAACUCCAUUUUAUGCAGGUUUUGGAAAUAGAAUUACUGAUGCCAUAAGUUAUAGAUCAGUUCAUAUACCAAGUCAUCGUAUUUUCACAAUAAAUCCAAAUGGUGAAGUUCAUAUGGAGUUGUUAGAAUUGGCAGGUUAUAAAUCAUCUUAUUUACAUAUUGGAGAAUUAGUUGAUCAUUUUUUCCCACCAAUAAAAGAAGUAAAUUCUAUAUCAUCAUAUUGGAAUAAUGCUCAAUGGUCGGAAUAUAUGCAAAAUCAUGAAAUAAAUGAAUUUGACGCAAGAUCAAUAAAUUCACAUUAUCUGCCACCUGGAUCUCCUGGACCCACUCCAGGUUCACCAAGAAAUUUUGUUGAAGAUUAUAAAGCAGAUGAAAAAUAUAAUGAUGUGAAUUAUUGGAAAACAAGUUUAAAUUUUGAUGAUUUAAGUGAUUUAGAAGAAGAAGAUAUGACUACAAAAAAAGUGAAAGGAAAUGAUAAAUUACUGCAUUAUGAACAAAAAAAGAAAGAUCAUACUGAUAAUCCAGAAUUAAUACAAAGACAAAAAAGAUCGAGAGCUUCUACUUUUGAAAGACCUAUAUCUGCGUCAUUUGCAUCACCACUUAAAAGCUUUAUGCUGUUUAAUAAGAAAAAGAAUAAUGAAGAAGAAGAAGAAGAGGAAGAAGAGGAAGAAGAAUAUGACGAAGAUGAAGAUGAUGAUUAUACAGACGACGAAGAAGAAGAAGUUGAAGAAGAUGAUGAUGAUUACGAUGAUGAAGAAGAAGACGAAGACGAUGAUGAUUAUGACGAAGAAGAUUAUGAUGAAGAAGAUGAUAUAGAUCAAGAUUUAGAAAAUGAAGGUGCAGUUACAGAAAAUUUAGGAGUAGAUAAUGAUAAAAUAACAACAGAUUCUAACCUCAUAAAGGCUAGUGAUUUUGAAAAUUUAAAAAUAUAA